AACACCACAGAAGAAGAGGUCGUUGUUUGCGUCGUAGUAGCAGAAGAAGAAGCGGUAGUACGAUACAACCAGGGUGUGUUAGUUUGAUUAAAGUAUCGGGAACAGAAACCCGAUGAUUAAACUGAUCUGAGAUGUAUUACUACCGGUAUGAGAACACUGAGGUCAGCUGCUGCUACAAGUAUCUAAUGUUCAGUUACAACAUCAUCUUCUGGCUGGCUGGAGUUGCCUUCAUUGCGGCUGGUUUCUGGGCCUGGAGUGAAAAGGGAAUCCUGUUGGACCUGACCCAGGUGACCCAGCUGCAUGGUUUCGACCCGGUCUGGUUAGUCCUGUUGGUCGGUGGAGUCACCUUCAUCCUGGGAUUCGCCGGCUGCGUGGGAGCUCUGAGAGAAAACAUCUGUCUACUGAAGUUUUUUUCGGGCAUGAUCGGCUUCAUCUUCUUCCUGGAGCUGCUGGCGGCGGUGCUGGCUGUGGUUUUUCAGAGUCAGGUUAGAGCGUGGCUCAACGAGUUCUUCCUGGCGAACAUCAAAGCGUACAGAGAUGACAUCGACCUGCAGAACCUCAUCGACUCUCUGCAGAGGAUGAACAACUGCUGUGGAGCUGAGGAACCGAACGACUGGGACCUGAACGCUUACUUCAGCUGUAACGACACGAAUCGCAGCAGAGAGAAGUGUGGAGUUCCCUUCUCCUGCUGCUUGUCUGAUCCUGCUGACUCGGUGGUGAACACUCAGUGCGGCUACGACGUGAGAAACAAACCAAAGAAGGAGUGGAGUAAUGACAUCUACACUAAAGGGUGUAUCGCAGCGUUGGAGGACUGGUUGCCUGGAAAUCUCUACACUGUGGCCAUUGUCUUCAUCGUCAUCUCUCUGCUGCAGAUGGUGGGGAUCUACCUGGCCAAGACUCUGGUCACCGACAUCGAAAAAGCCAGAUUCAGCUACUGAAGUCUACAUCUUAAGGGGCGGCGCUUUACACCAGGUGUUACUGGAACAAGUUUCUUCAUUCAGACACGUGCCUUCUUUUUGUACUUCUUCUUCUACUACUUCUUCUUCUUCACAUCAUCAGUUCAGCCUUCUGAUGAUGAUGUUACUGAAAACAUGGCUUGCUUUGUCUGUUUACAUUGACUGUUCAGAGACUCUGAAGUCCUGAGAGAUAUAUUUUUUCAGUGUGAAAGAUCCAUCUGAAAUCUUUGAGAACCUCAAAGUUCUGUUGAUGUUUUUAUUUUUAUAUUUAGAUUUUCGUCUGACUGAUCUGUAGCUGCUCAGCGCCACACUGCCUUCGCUUUUCCUAUUUCCAAUUUCUCGCUGCUACUCUUCAGACUGCAGCUUCAGUCUUUUUCUACUGUUUGAAUGUUUGUUUGAACCAAUGUGCCCUUUGACCUGAUUGGCUGUUUACCCUUCAGUGCCUCCUUAAUCAUCAUCAUCAUCGUCGUCAUCAUCAUCAUCAUCAUCAUCAUCAUCAGUUUCAGUGAUUUAAAACCGGUCUGAGGUGUCUGAUCUCUGUUCAGGUGUAAAUUCGACACAGAGAGGGAGGAGUCAGUGAUGUCAUCCAGGUGUGACACAGCAGGUGAAGUUCCCUCCUCACUCUGUGAUCACAGCUUCAUGUCGUUUAGAAAUGAUGCCACAUCAGAGUGUAAAAACAGAGGUUGAACUUUAUCCAAUUAGAGCUCAACAUAUAAAGAUGGCCCGGCCUCCAACACUGAAACUUCAAAAUAAAAGCACAAACUGAAUGAUUAUUUUCAUUAUCGAUCAAUCAGCUGACAGUUUUCACAGUCACAGUCGAUCAGUGGAGCACACUGAUCGAUCAGUGGAGAGCGCUGAUCGAUCAGUGGAGAGCGCUGAUCGAUCAGUGGAGAGCGCUGAUCGAUCAGUGGAGAGCGCUGAUCGAUCAGUGGAGAGCGCUGAUCGAUCAGUGGAGAGCACUGAUCGACUGUGACUGUGAAAACUGUAAAAAAAAAAAAAAAAAAAAAUCACAUUUCCAUAAUCAGCUACAAAUACAACAAAGAGCAGAAGCGAAUCCUCGUGUGAACCUGGACACACGAGAUUCGGUUUCUGAUUCAUUUUUCAGUUGAUUGAUUAAUUGAUUAAUUGGCUGAUUGUUGCAUUAAAAUGAAACUAAUUGUAAACUGUGAAAGUGUCAAACUGAUAAAGGUUCAUUCAGGCUGCCUUUGAAUCCUCAAUCCAGACUACAGACUCUCACUGUACAUAUGUAGUACAUACUGUUCCAGUACUGCAUAUAGUAGUAAUAUAUCAGUAUGUGGUACACAGAAGUACUGAACACUGGGAGUAUCAGACUUUAAACAGUCUCAAGAUAAAAUCCUUUUAAAACAGAAAUCUUUAAAAUCGUGGACUGUUCCUUUAAAAGGCUUCAGGUCAUGUGAUCACAUGUUUGAUUAAAUAUGAAGGUUUUGAACUUUAUUGACACUGGAUUCAUGUUAACAAGCUUUGAAUAAAUAAGGUGUGUUUGUUGAGUUACUUUGUAUGAAUAAAGGUUUCAGGAUGUUUGAGCCUUUCCAGAGAGAAUAUUCAGAAUUAAUGUUAAACUUCUGCUUUAAUUCUUUUAUUGUUUUUCUCUUUCUGUUGAUGAAUUCAUGGAUGGAUGAUUUAAUGUCUUUGGUUUGUUGUUUAAAAACCAGACAGCUUUUAUUCUGAAGGAAUUGUGUUUUUUUUUUUUUUAUAUAAAAGUGAAUUUUUAUCUUUUUAUAUUCAACUAAAUAAAAAAUUAAAUUUG